AUGGCUGACGAUAAGCGAACGGACGAAAGUCCACGUAACUCGUAUGUUGACUCUCUCAUAGAUAGGCUCAAUUUAGAAAUACCAAUAGAUUCUGAAGAUGACCUAAUUGAUAGUAGAAGGCUUACUAUCCACCCAAUAAACAACAGAUGUGAGACGUCUACUAAUAGUUGCAAUAAUUUUGAUAAAGAAUUAACAGAAUUAGAAAACCUCAUUAAAAAGUUACAAUGUGAAAUAGGUGAGAUGGCAAAGUAUUCUAACAAACCCGUGUCAAAAUGUAAAAAUGUAGUAGAUGAUAAAGAUUGUGGUAAUAAAGUAGAUGUUAAAGAUUGUGGUAAUGUAGUAGAUACUACAGAUUGUGAUCAUUUAGUAAAUGCUUCAGAUUGUGAUAAUUUUGUAGAGUCUAAAGAUUGUUAUAGUGAUAACGAACAAGAAGAAGAUGAUGAUGAUUGUAAUAAUGAUGUUAUUAAGACUUGUAGCAAAAUUAAGGUAGUAAACCGUUUAACAAACAAGAAAGAUGAUGGGAAGGAUAAAAAAAGAGGUUUUAAACUUGGAAAAGGCUCGCAAAAUCCUGAUAUUGUUUUUCCAGUAUUAAUUAAAGACGAAGGUGUGUUAGAACAACAGGCAAAAAAGUUUACAGGAAAUAUGUCUAAUUCAAUUAAAAUUUCCGGUCCAGAAAAUGACACUUUAGACGACGUAAGGCGAAAUUUUUCCAUGUUGUGGGACGAUGAAACAACAAAUAGUAUCGAAGACGCUACAGAAGACAUAAUGACAAUUAAUGACUGUCCACCGAAACCUUUAAAUGAUCCUUCUUUUAAGCCGUCCGAUAAUCCUAAAAUUCAUUUAAUAAAUAAUGAUUUAAUAGAUUCAUUUGAUAAUUCAAAUACCAUUAACAUACAACAAGAACUUGGUGUUAAUUUUCCAGUAGACCUCAAACACAGUUCUUCAAUUCAUAAAAUAAAUGAUGAUAAUACACCGACAAAAGUAAACGAUCCCAACUCUACAGAAUUUUGUGAAAAGGCGUUAACAGUUUCCGAAAAAUGCAAUCCCACCACCAUUAUGCAUUCUGAAAGUUCUGGCAAUCAACUUAAAGAUAAUACUAAAAUACUGAAUCAUGAAAAAGAUUCCAGUGCCACUGUAACAGUCAUUGAUAAGUCUAAGGAAAUAAAAACUGAAAAAACUGACUUACAUAAUGCAAUGCAAAAUGCAAUUUCUUCCACCAAUGAGAAAACAUCGAUUCCCAAAAACCCAAUGAAUAAUCCUCCUGUUGCUGAAAAAUGUAGUGCAAAAAGUGAAAGUUUUAGUAUAAUUAAAACUUUACGAAGAAUUGUAGGUAAAGAGAGUGUUAAAUCCAUUCAAAAAGAGAAACAAAGUCAAGAUCAAGAGUCUUUAACAGAUUCAUCAAAAAAAAUAGAUAACUCUACGUCAAAAAAAGAUAGUUUUAUAAUAAAAGAAGACCCUAAAAUAGAUACAAAGAACAUUAAACCCGCUAUAACUCAAGACGUCUUACCUGAGCUAAGUAAUAAGGACAGUGAUCAUAAAGAAAUACAACAUGAUCCUAGUUCAACAGUUACAAAAAGUGAUAUUAAUGAGGAAACAUCUAAGACAACAGAAUUUAAUCCCACGAGCAACAUUGAGAUCAAACCUGUCAUUGUAAACAAUUUUUUAUCUGAAAAACCUGUACCCUCAGCGCCAAGUGCCAACAGUAAUGACUUAGUGAAAUUGACCACUAAUAUUGCUUCACAAACAAUAGUUUCAGUCAAUGCAAAAAGAACAAAUCAGAAGCCGCAAGAGAUUUCAAAUGAAAUAUCAAACAUAAAUUCUGUACAGGAUCCAAACCCUGUCGCUGAUAUAAGUACUAGCCAUGUUACAAUCCCUGACGGCUUUAACAAAAAUCUUGUUAUCGAAGACGCGAAAACUAUUCUAAGACAUGCCACUAAUGAUGCAGUCAAAAGAAGCGAAGCAAUAGAAAAUCAUGGUGCAGUGACUGAUGGGUUAGCUGAAGGAGAUAUACAUUACAAGUGUGAUGAUGUGUUUACUGAUGAUGAUAUCUUUAGUGAUGAAGACGAUGAUGACGAUGCCAAUGAAGAUGAAGACGGUGACGGAAACAACCAAUAUGAUCUAGACUAA